GCCAGCCGCGUCCUGCUCGAUCCUCUUGCUCCUUUCAUAGCAUUCCUCUCUCUCUCUCUCUCUCUCUCUCUCUCCCUGCUCAUCGCUACCAAGACUCAAAACAAUCAGUCAUUCACUGGCCUCCGCCGUCUAGGGCGAUUCUCGAAAUCCGGUCUCUGGCAUUGCGCCCCUGCUCGUCUGAGCCGAUCGUCAGCAGGGUUCUCAUACCUGCCAGCUCCACGAUCGACACAGGGUUCCUCAAUUACGACCUAUAAGCCCAUAGUGGCAGCCUUGGGGAAGCACUCUUCGCGCGAGCAGUUACGUCUCGCCGCCGUCAUGAGCGACCAAGCAUCCAUCAGCUCCUGGCGGAUGCCAGAUGCCUACAAGCACAGCUCAACACCAGCCAUGAGCAACUCCAGUGGCGACAGCAAUCUUGCCUGGGCGGAUGUGCCCUUUGCCCUCAUUCAAACCCCACUAACAAAGCUGGGAGGCAAUGUCCAUCAUCCUGCCGCCCACAUGGCAAACGAGUCUGCACACCUCUUCAAUGCCAUGCUGCGCGGCCUCAAUGCCAUUUACCAGCAGGCGCCCUACGUCCAGACCAGCGCAGACGUGGCCGACUUCAAUUUUCUCGUCCACAGCUGGGCCGCGUGGGUCAUUCACCACAUGGACCUGCGCGGCAGCAGCCUCUUCCCAAGCCUCGAGGCGGCUCUCCUCAAGCCGGUCCCGGGCUAUCGCCACGAGCAGGUGCUGCAGCAGCAGAGCACGACCGACGCCUCUGCAGGCGCUCAACUGCACCUCGUGUCCGACCUCCUCCACGAGCACUCCGCCUUUGUCCCGUGCCUGCACAGAGUCCUCGAGCUCGCCGAGAAGGCCCACCUCCAGCCCGAGACGUACAGCAGCAGCGAGCUCGUAUCCCUCCUCGUCGAGCUCGGCCCGCACAUGCAGGCACACCUGGCCAGGCAGGUGAACGAGGUCUUCCUCGAGACGAUCCGCGGCUUCUGCGGCACGCCGGGCAGCGUCUCGGCGCAUGUCACGGGCGAGCGCCUCAUGCAGUGCUGGCAGGCCUGCGACUCACAGAGCAGCCAGAGCAUGGACCGCUUCGUCAUCCCGCCCAUGAUGGUCCGCUGCCGCGACGUCACGUACGAGGACGCGGGCCACGACUGGCCGGGCCUUCCCGUGCCGCAGGUCCACGCAAUCGCCGACCGCCUCAGCCGCACGCACAAGGGUGCCUGGCGCUUCCUGCCCUGCGACGUCUGGGGCCGCCCCGUUGAGCUGUGCGCCCUCGUCGCCGCGCAGCAGCAAGGGCUCGAGCUGGACCGCCACCACCACCACCACGCCGCCGCCGCCGCCGCCACUCUCACAGCAGUCGACCGCAAGGGCAAGGGCAAGGCCCCCGUCAUCGCCGUGCAGGAGCUUGUUGUUGUAGAGGAGAAGGCUUGAAAAUGGGGGCGGGGCAAAGUCUCAUUGCAUAUCCCUGUUCUUUCUUAUUUACCUCUCUCUCUCUCUCUCUCUCUCCAAUCUUUGCCCGGGAAACGGAAGUAUUCUCGUUGCCCUUGUCAUUGACUGACACACGACUUGCUGCGCUGGUGUGGUGCUGGACUUUCAAGCUGCGAGGGGUGGAGUUGGAAUUCUAUCAAUUAGUCAUGGCGCAUGGCGUACAGCAUACAUCAUAGGUUUAGAAUCGCUAGCCUUCCUGUCUCUUUUUUGCUUAUAAAUUUGUAAUAACGUAAUCCACGGGUGAGUGAGCCACACGGGUCAGUGAGCCACUUUUCCCCCAUUUUGAAUAGAUAACCUUCAUUUCCUUAUUUCUCCAC